AACUGCAUCCUCCCUGCCCACUUGCAGCAUGGCUGGUUUACUCCAAUGCAAUGGGAAUGUAUGUAUGUCACUUCCAAACGCUUCCUAUCUUCACCACAUAGUGUGAAGAAACUGGAAAGCCACAGCCUCGAGGCAAAGACUGGAGCCACAGCAUGGAUAGAAGGACCCAUGAGCGACUAUGUGGAGCAUGCUACACGUCUAUGACGUGAAAGAAAGGAUUUCUAACCAGCAUAAUGCUGGAGCAGGAAGCUGGCGGCCUGCAGUUUUCAAGAUGGCUGAGCUGGAUGCCGACCUGGAUCAUAUCAUCCCAUCUGUCCUUCCCCCUUUCUGGGCUAAGUUAGUAGUGGGAUUUGUUUCCCUUCUGUGUUUUGCAAGGAGCUAUGAUGGAGAUUUUGUCUUUGAUGACUCUGAAGCUAUUGUUAACAAUAAGGACCUCCAAUCAGACACACCCCUUGGGGACCUGUGGCAUCAUGACUUCUGGGGCAGUAGACUGAGCAGUAACACCAGCCACAAGUCCUACAGGCCACUUACCGUCCUGACUUUCAGGGUUAACUACUACCUGUCUGGAGGCUUUCACCCCGUGGGUUUCCAUGUGGUCAACAUCCUCCUACAUGGCGGCAUCUCCAUCCUCAUGCUAGAUGUCUUCUCGGUACUGUUUGGUGGCCUGCAGUACACCAGUAAAGGCCGGAGAGUACACCUGGCCCCCAGGGCUUCCCUGCUGGCGGCAUUGCUGUUUGCUGUCCAUCCAGUGCACACCGAGUGUGUUGCUGGUGUUGUUGGCCGUGCAGACCUCCUGUGUGCCCUGUUCUUCUUGUUGUCUUUCCUUGGCUACUGUCAAGCAUUUAAAGAAACAGGUAACAAGGAGGGAACACAUUCUUCCACCUUCUGGGUGUUGCUGAGUAUUUUUCUGGGAGCAGUGGCCAUGCUGUGCAAAGAGCAAGGAAUCACUGUGCUGGGCUUGAAUGCUGUGUUCGAUAUCCUGGUGAUAGGCAAACUCGACAUUCUGGUAGCUGUCCGGAAGGUCCUAUAUAAGGACAAGUCACUAGAGAACACUGGCAUGCUCAGGAAUGGAGGCCUCCUCUUCCGAAUGACUCUGCUCACCAUUGGAGGCACCAGCAUGCUUUAUAUGCGCUGGAAAAUCAUGGGAACAGGCCCACCAGCAUUUACUGAGGUGGACAACCCAGCAUCCUUUGCUGACAGCAUGUUGGUUAGGGCCAUAAACUAUAAUUACUACUAUUCAUUGAAUGCCUGGCUGCUGCUGUGUCCCUGGUGGCUGUGUUUUGAUUGGUCAAUGGGCUGCAUCCCCCUCAUUAAGUCAGUUGGUGACUGGAGGGUAAUUGCUCCAGCGGCACUUUGGCUCUGCCUAAUUGGCCUAAUAUUCCAAGCCCUAUGCUCUGAGGAUAGCUGCAAGAGAAGAAUCCUUACCCUGGGUUUGGGAUUUCUUGUGAUCCCCUUUCUUCCUGCAAGUAACUUGUUUUUCCGAGUGGGCUUUGUGGUCGCAGAGCGUGUCCUCUACCUCCCCAGCGCUGGGUACUGCAUGCUGCUGACCUUUGGAUUUGGAGCUUUGAGCAGACAUGCUAAGAAAAAGAAACUGGUUGCCACCGUCAUCCUGAGCAUCCUUCUCAUCAACGCACUGAGAUGUGUGAUUCGCAGUGGCGAGUGGCGGAGCGAAGAUCGGCUUUUUCGAAGUGCCCUGUCUGUGUGUCCCCUCAAUGCUAAGGUUCACUACAACAUUGGCAAAAACCUGGCUGAUCAAGGCAACCAAACAGCAGCCAUCAAAUAUUACCGGGAAGCAGUCAGACUGAAUCCCAAGUACGUUCAUGCCAUGAAUAACCUUGGGAAUAUCUUAAAAGAAAGGAAUGAGCUACAGGAAGCUGAAGAGCUGCUGUCGUUGGCUGUCCAAAUACAGCCAGACUUUGCAGCCGCAUGGAUGAAUUUGGGCAUAGUUCAGAACAGCCUGAAACGGUUUGAGGAGGCAGAGCAAAGCUACCGGACAGCAAUUAAACACAGGCGGAAAUACCCAGACUGCUAUUAUAACCUCGGGCGGCUGUAUGCAGAUCUAAAUCGCCAUGUGGAUGCAUUGAACGCUUGGAGAAAUGCCACUGUACUGAAGCCGGAGCACAGCCUGGCGUGGAACAACAUGAUCAUACUUCUGGACAACACAGGUAACUUAGCCCAGGCUGAAGCUGUCGGAAGAGAGGCACUGCAAUUAAUUCCUAAUGAUCACUCCCUUAUGUUCUCAUUGGCAAACGUGCUGGGGAAAUCCCAGAAAUACAAGGAGUCUGAAGCUUUAUUCCUCAAGGCAAUUAAAGCAAAUCCAAAUGUUGCAAGUUACCAUGGUAAUUUGGCUGUGCUUUAUCAUCGCUGGGGACAUCUCAACUCAGCCAAGAAACACUAUGAGAUCUCCUUGCAGCUUGACCCUGUGGCAGUAGGCACCAAGGAGAAUUACAGUCUUCUGAGAAGAAAGCUAGAACAAAUGCAGAAGAAAAAUGUCUGAUCUUCCUCUUAUGUUUUGAGUUUGUGGGUGUGUGCAUGAGGCCUCUGUUCAGAUUAUGUGCUUAUCUUUAGCCAUUUAAAAGUCUCAGACAUUUAUUUUACUCUACUGUUAUUUUUUUCUAUGAAAACAAACAAAUGCAAAAAGAUUAUAGCACCAGCAAUACACUCUUGAAUGCUUGAUAGGAUUUUUGCAUUGAAAUUGUAUUUUUUCACACAACCCAAAUGUAAUUCUAAAAUCUAAAAAAAAAAAAAGAAACCAUUUUUUAAAAACUAAAACAAAAAAAAAUAUUCUUUUGAGAGAAUUUUGAUUGUGUUAAACUGCAUUUGGGAAGUGAUUGCUGUGAUGAGGUAGAGUGACUUAGACGUGCCUCCUACGACUUACAAAACCAUCUACCAUAUCUGUAUAUUAGCAUGUUUAUUUAAUGACAAGAAAGAGUAAGUCAAGAUUUGGGGUUUUUUAAAGUCUCUUUGCAACAGUGUAACUUGAAGUUUAUAAGAAAAUUAUUUAUUCACGUUUUUGUGUUGAACAGGAUACAUAAUUGAGGAAGGGAAACUUUUAAUGUCUGUAUAUUUAUCUGUAUUUUUUUUUCUUUCAUAGGGAGGUAUGGACUCCCAUGCUUUUUUGGUGUGUGUAUGUAUUCUCCAAUGUGUGUGAUGUUAGUAUGCAGGAUAAUACUCCACUGUUGGUAGAGUACCCCUGCCAUACUUUAGACAACCUAACAUCCUGGUCUCUGUCCUUUGUUCAGAGGGCUACCUGUGUGUAUAUGCUGUGUUUUCAUGUUUUAGCUGUAAAGUGAGUUUCCAUCUCACAUGAUACAAUCACAGACAUUACUCUAUCCAGAAAAUGCAAAAAGGUAAAUUCUUAAAAGAAGUCAUAGCUCUGGAUUUUGUAUUGUUCUUACAAACUGAGUUUGUUUUUCCUUGUCACAUUAGAUCUCAACAAUUUGUUUACUUAGUUUGUUCUUUAUAUACUGUUGACCUAAUAAUUUAUGUAAUCUCUGUCAUUUCUUAUGCAGUAAAAUUAUCAUACAAACUGG